UGUCGCCUCCUCUUCCCAUCAUCGCGACCUCAUAUCGUCGCAUCACUUCCCCACUCCGACGAACGCAUCUCCAUCGAUGAAUACGUCUCUCGACCAGCUGGCGCACAUCGCGACCUGCCUCUCGGUCCCGAACGCGAACGAGGUAUUGGGAGGCCGCCGCGUCAACAACAAUCAAGUCGCCGACAGCAAUGCCAAUCUGCUUGGCCACGGCACUCGCGACCCCGAUUACUAUCGUCAUUAUCAGCACCAUCACGACAGCAAUGACUGCUAUACCACUCGGGGUCGCACAGAGGACGUACACCCGAUGGAACAUGUGGGACGAGACUCGAUGGUCAGGUCACGCAUCGUGAGCAAGGCUCCGCCAGAGUCGCAGCACACAGUCGCCUCCAAUACGCACUCGAUGUAUUCCCACCAGGGUGUGCAGUUCGAGUUUGGGACACAAGAGGGGUUACACUCCCAGGCAAACGAGACGGUCGACUACAAUGGCGACAUUAGGAUGGACAUCGACACGGCUAUGCCAGAUCCUGACAGCUUGGACGUAGUUCCAGCCACAGUGGUGAACGACAACAGCCCAUCCCAGCAAAUGGACGUGGAUAACACAGCUACCAGAAUACCGGACGAUUUGCCAGCCCGGCUCCCUUCAUCAACCUCGGGUCACUCAUCCCACCCCCUCAUCAGCGUCACUCCAGGUCAAACUCAUGCACACCUAAAGCCGUCGGCCAGUGCUGUGGCCUACGUGUUCAAAUCAUUGCGAUUCGCAGACGCCUCUCUUGCAGCACACAAUGCUCGCCGUCGGUGGCCAUACUGAGGGACACCCGGAAAUAGUGAUGGUAAGGCGACGGCGCGGAGCCAAAGGACGUUUGCCCGGCAAAGGGAUCUGCUACGCCUACAUUGCGUAGUACAACGGCAGCAUUGGCCCACGACAUUCCAAGCACAAUGUCGGUGACAGAACUCCCUCGGACUUCAGAUGUGCUGUCCUCAAGGCAGGCCGUC